UUAGGAUUGCAGCCUUGUGGGGGAUGUAUUCCAAGUGGGAGGUGCCAUGUUGUAGGCUUGGAGGGACCGCCCAUGUGUUAGUUGUCCUCUGCGCCGCCCUGUGUUGUAUGUUGCAGGCUAGCGCAGGAGAGGGAAAGGAAAAGUGUGUUCGGGACAGAUGAAAAGAAAUAAAGUUUUGUUGCUGAAAUCGUGGCAGUUGCUGUCUUUCUACGCCUGGCGGAAGCUGACCCGCUGUGAAGAAGCAGGCUUGUUACCCACUACGAGCCGAGUGAAGAAUACGCCAGGGGUCUCCUUACCACGGUUGGGAGCCGCGAUCUGGUCGGGUAACACUGGGGGCUCUUGUCCGGGAUUAAGCUCCGCAAAGGACGGCGAGAGAGAGAGCGCUCCGAACGAGAGAGAAAAUGGCAGCACGCGAGGAUGCCGAGCGCAACACCAAGGUCCUGGGCGGAAGUUGAGACGGUUGGCGUGACAGCGCUUGCUAAAGGCGGGCUGCUUCACUGACUGGGGAGGCUCCUGCUCGGCAGAGGACCUGAGAGCGCCUCCGCGAUGGAGAGAAGUUGAUUCACGGGAGUCUGUGUUUCACCCCCAGCAGCUCAGCAGUCUCUUUUCUAACACUGAGCCGGGCUGACCACGGGAAAUACACCGACCCCGGAAUGGCUGAUGAGCGAUGAUCAAACGGACUUUCUCUUCUAAUGGCAGUGAUGGAGAACACAACGUGGCCAUAUCCCUCAUACGUACCCCAUUAUCGCCUACGCGGUGACCCUUUCGCCUCAAGACUCUCGAAGGAGGCGGACAUUGUUGCAGCCUUUUACGUCUGUAUCAUAGGACUCAUGUCUGCAACAGGAAAUGGUUAUGUGAUUUAUAUGACCAUCAAACGGAAGACCAAGUUAAAACCUCCUGAGCUCAUGACUGUUAACCUAGCCAUCUUUGAUUUUGGCAUAUCAGUGACAGGAAAGCCCUUUUUCAUUGCUUCUAGUUUCUCCCACCGCUGGCUAUUCGGCUGGGAGGGCUGUCGAUUCUAUGGCUGGGCAGGCUUCUUUUUUGGAUGUGGGAGCCUCAUCACAAUGACUGUGGUCAGUCUUGACCGAUAUCUCAAGAUUUGCCAUCUCCGAUAUGGCACAUGGCUAAAACGCCACCAUGCCUUCCUUUGCCUGGCCUUUGUAUGGGUGUACGCAGCCUUCUGGGCCAUAAUGCCCCUGGUGGGCUGGGGAAACUACGCCCCGGAGCCCUUUGGGACCUCGUGUACCCUGGACUGGUGGUUGGCCCAAGCCUCUGUGUCUGGCCAAAGCUUUGUCAUGGCCAUUUUGUUCUUUUGUCUUGUACUCCCUGCAGGCAUCAUUGUGUUCUCCUAUGUUAUGAUCAUCUGCAAGGUCAAGUCCUCUGCUAAGGAAAUUUCCCACUAUGAUGCCCGCAUCAAAAACAGCCACAGCCUUGAGAUGAAACUCACAAAGGUGGCAAUGAUCAUCUGCGCAGGCUUCUUGAUAGCCUGGAUCCCUUAUGCAGUGGUGUCAGUGGUGUCAGCAUUUGGUGAGCCAGACUCGGUGCCCAUUCCUGUGUCUGUUGUUCCUACAUUGCUGGCCAAGUCGUCCGCAAUGUACAACCCCAUUAUCUACCAAGUUGUGGACCUGAAAAUCUCUGCCUCCUGUUUUAAGGCCAUGAAGAAAAGAAGGCAUUUUAGAAAGUCAAGGUUCUACACCAUCUCUGGCUCAUUAAAAGACGCAUCACCAGCCAAAGAGACGCAUACUGAGAUGUGAGAGAAACCCUUCAGGCUACAUGACCCUCUUAGCAUUCCUACUUUGGACAGUUCGCCUAGUUCCCUACCCCGUGUGCCCUACCAAUCACUCCAGCCAUUUUCUGUGACCCUGAACAGGAUAAGUGGAAGAGAAUGGAUGGCUGGAUGGAUAGAUGGAUCAUCAACUGCUUUGCUUUGUUCCCAUGUACCACAACUUGGUUUUGCACCUGCACUGGACACCUGUGUGUUACCCUCAGCUCCCAACCUCCUCUUACUUGGAAAACAGCUGCACAUGUGCAGUUUCAGCUUGUUGACUUUGUUUUUAGUUCAGUAUUACAUACACACUGUUUCUCAAUGAUAUUAGGAAACAAAGCACAUGUCAUUGACUCACCAGUUGUUUGAAAAGGUUUCCAACCAAAGUAAAGUCACAACUUAAUAUACUGUAUACUUUUUCUGGUUGAGAAAAAAAGUAAAACUUUUACAAAAAUUUCAAAGGUUAAAUUUUACUGCAUUUCAAACACUGAACUGUAAGAUUACACUGUAAAAAUUAAGCACACGUAAGCCAUGUCAGUCUGAGUGUCAAGCUCAAAGUAUCUUGUACAGCUUUGUACAGGCUGUUGUCCUUUGUCCUCCUUCACCUGUGGCUUGUAUACAGUACAUAUAUAUAUAUCAAUAUCAAAAGGCACUGGAUCACCUUAGCUUAUGUUCUCUUCAUCUUUUUUGCACAGGGCCUGUUAUACCACACUGAUGAAUAAACAUUUAACCAGA